CGUGAGCGUUCACCAAGAAACCAAGCCCAACAAGCGUCACCUGUACCCCCAGCGUCAGCUCUCGACGUUAGUCCUGUUUGUGAGAAAUCUGGGAAAAGGGGGAACGAAGCAGCGAAGAAGAGAGGAAGGGGCGAGAGCUUACUGCUGUGGCACUGCUUCAGAGGGCUGUGCACAGGCGUACACCUUUCCACAUUUAGCGCCCCUGUGAUACUCGCAGGGCGCUGUUGUUACGGUAUCAAACCAUGUCUGGGGGCAAAGUAGUACUUGAUAUCGUCCACAAGGCGGCAGUGGUGUCGCUCCUGGCAAGCACCGCCUACGGCACAUAUUUUGUGUCUUCCGCCGUAAUGGAGCUGCGAAGAAUGGGACAAGACGCGGCUAAGAACCAGGAAGCGAAGGCGCCAGCGAAAACUCAAUAGUGCUUUGUUCUAUACGGUACGAGUAUGGUUUGCGGCCGUGACGGCCAGUGCGUGUUCGUCAAGCGUUUCGUUUGUUUCACAUUUUUUCACUCCUGUGUUCGGGUGUUCGUCUAUUCGGGGGGCUUUGUGUCUGGUCUAUCGGAUAUCCGUGAUACUUUCGUACCCGUUGUAUUUUACCAGAAGGAUUAGGAUUGUUUGUGUGGAUUCCAGCGGCAAUUUCACCGUAAAGGGAGAACAAAAGCAAUGACGACACGUGGGCGUUGUGCGUGUUUCCGCCCUAUAUUGGGCGCCAGUCCAAACCUUCGAGACAUUUGUUUGACGCACCAGCCCGGGUUAGGAAGGAGGAUGUACACAACGAAGAGUUUCUUUUUCUCCGCAUCUCCUCGUGCGGUGAUGCCUGAGUUCGUUCUCAUGGCGGAAAACUCGGACUUCUUGGCGACCCCCCAUGUAUUGCACAUCCUUGGGAGGCAUUCCUUGCAAUGCAUGUUGGUCCCAACUUCGUCACUAGGAUCCCUUAGUUGCAGAUCAGAGAUGCGCAACAUGCAGCACCAGGUAGACUUCGGAGUCGACUCUGUGUCACAAAAAACAGGGGAACAUGUUUUUGGUUUUCAACCCGGGAGACAUGAGCGCCGUGCUGCAGCAUACGUUGCUUGUUCGAAAGACACCCUAAACCACAGUUUGGGUUAC